AUGGCCGACUUUAUCGACUACUCGAGGCGCAACCGCACCCCCUCGCCCACAGACAACGCCGGGCAGUCUCAGGGACAAGGAGACAACAACCCCUUCUCCGAUGGCGGUGAUGUCGAGCACGAGAGUGGUGUGGCUCAGCAGCGACCUGGAGGUAGAGGUCACCACUUCGACGUGGAGUAUCAGCACACUGCUGCUCCCGAGGAGGGUCAGCACCAAGCGUCCGGCACCGACAAUGGCGCUUUCUUCGACCCAGAAUUUCCGGAGGCAGCCCAGGCCGAUGGCGAUCUCGAGAUCGUCUGGUUUCCACACGUCGUCGCUGUGAGCAUGAGUCUUCCUCUGACGUCCGCAGCGGCACAGCUGCACAAUGUGCUGGGCGUCAUGCUGACACCGAAUCUCUUGCUACACAGCGUUACCCUUCCAUCGGCAAGAUCGGCAAGCUGCGUGUACAGUUUCGUCAGACCGUAUCAUUCGGCCUGACGCUCGGCGCACUCGGUCUUGUCCUCGUCGCUGCCUUUGCUCACUAUUUGAACCCCUUCAAGAAACGCCGCCCUCAUGUCGGCACCGACAGGGAAUACGAGCGCCGGAUCACCGGCGAGCGCCUUUCCGGUCGACCGCAGUACUACUCCGAGUUUUGGGGCUACAGAUGCGACGAGCACGACAUUGUCACCGAAGGAGGAUGGAUUCUCAAAGCUCAUCGCAUUUCAGACCCUCGCCGCGCCGGUCCGCCCGGCCACCCCGUCAUCCUGCAGCAUGGUAUUCUUUGCAACUCUUCGCACUUUUUCCUUUGCGAGGAGCGCUCCAUGGCGUUCUGGUUGGUCGACCAGGGCUACGAUGUUUGGGUCACCAACAUUCGUGCGAACUUCAACGCCGGCCACACCGAGUACAAUGACUGGGACCCUCGCUACUGGGCUUGGGGUCUCAAGGAACUUGCUCUCGACCUCCGCGAUGUCGUCGAGUUCAUCUCUGGUGCCACUGGCUCUCCUCGUGUUGCGUACGUCGGUCACUCGCAGGGCAGUGGUUCGAUGUACCUCGCUCUUUCGCCAGGCAUCUGUCCAGAACUAGGCAACAAGUUGAGCAGCUUUACCGCCAUCGGCCCCUCCGUUUACGCCGGUCCGGUCCUCCGAAAGUUCCCCUUCAGCUUGAUGCGCCAGUUCAGGUCCAGAAAGUGGUGGUCUCUCGUCUUCGGCAUUCGCGAGUUCAUUCCCGCGAUCGGUCUCUUCCAAAAGUACCUGCCCGCAUUCUGGUUCGGCCACCUCGGCUACGUUGUCUUCCACUUCCUCUUCGGCUUCAGCGACACCAUGUGGGCUAGACGCCACAAGCCCAAGAUCUUCCGCUCCCUUCCCAUGCCCACCUCAUCAGAGCUGCUCUAUUGGUACAUGGCAUCUUUCAGCCACCGUGGGUGCAUCUUCGACCCUCGUGUCCAGGAGCCAUGGUUCCCUCGCACCUUCCCUCGUCACACCGUCAUCGGUGGCUCCCUCGACAUGCUCGUGCUUGCCAGACCUCUUUUCGCUCGUCUGGAAAAGUUCGAGCGCAACGUUGACAUCGUGCACGCCGUCGAAUUGGAAGGCUAUGAGCACCUGGACUUCAUCUUCGGUACCGACGCAUACCGCACAACAUACCCUCUGAUUCACGAGACAAUCCAAAGCUCGUUGACCGACUCUGAACGCAACCCAGAGAUGGCUGAGCGUCGUUGA